AUGGACCGUGCAGCUUCGGUGGCCCAGGGCACUGCCGCGCCUCAGGAUGGAGAGCAGCCCGCAGAGUGUCCAGAGCCUCGGCCGCCGUGGCCACCACCGCCAGCUCCUCCGCCUGCUCCGCCGCCGCCGGCUCCUCCACCACCACCAGCUCCUCCACCGCUUCGCGACCCUUCUACUGAACCGCUACCAGAGCCCUGUCCAGAGCCUGCUCCAGGACCCUGUCCGGAGGCGACUCAGCUACAGAACCCAGCUACAGAACCAGACAGAGAACCAACCCCAGAGCCGGCUCCAGAGCUGGACCUAGGACUAGCCACAGAACCGGCCCUGGAGCCCAAUCCAGAACCUCCCCUAGAGCCGGCCCCAGAGCCAGCCCCAGAAUCAGCCACAGAGUGGGCCCCAGUCGAAAUCCCAGAACCUGCCCCAGGACAGGCCCUAGGACUAGCCUCAGAGCCAGCAGGAGAUCCAGCCCUAGAACCUGCCCAGGAGCGGGCCCCAGAGUUGUGCCCUGAGCCAACUCCAGAGUACUGUCCGAAGACAAGUCCAGCACCAUGUCUAUUGCGGUGUCAAGUGGUUCCAGGAGAGAGAGGUCUAAAGACCUCUCCAUUGCCAUCGCCCAGAAUGCCAAUGACGUGGUCAAGGAUAAAGAAAAUACUGAAGGAAGGACCUCUGCUAAAGAACUGUACCUCCUUUAAAAGAUGGAAGCUUAGAUAUUGUCUAGUUCAAGGACAGAAGCUCCACUUUGCACACCAUCCUUCGUUUGCACAGUUUGAAACAAUUGAUCUGUCUCAAGUCGCCUUGGCAGAAAGCAGCUGUAGAAAUCUUUGCCAUGGUUUUUGUGUUAUCACACCACAACGAAAAGUCUCCCUGGCUGCGUCCAACCGGAAAGACAUGGAAGAAUGGAUUAACAUAAUAAAAACUGUCCAACAGGGAGAAAUUCGUAAGAUACCUGCAGCAGAAAACAAUCCUUUCCUCGUUGGAAUGCACUACUGGUAUUCCAGUCACAGUUCCAGGACUCAGUUUUGCAAUGUUUGUCGAGAGAGCAUUCCUGCCUUAUCUCGAGAUGCCAUCAUCUGUGAAGUGUGCAAGGUGAAAUCUCACAAAUUAUGUGCUUUGAGAGCAAGCAAAGACUGCAAGUGGAAUACUUUGUCCAUCACUGAUGACCUCCUUCUGCCUGCAGAUGAAAUAGAAACAAUGCCCCAUCAAUGGGUAGAAGGAAACAUACCUGUCAGCUCUCAGUGUGCAGUAUGUCAUGAGAGUUGUGGCAGUUAUCAAAGACUGCAAGACUUCCGCUGUCUGUGGUGUGAUUCUACGGUGCAUAGCGACUGCCAGAGACGGUUUUCCAAGGAAUGUUCCUUUGGAAGUCGUCGCUCAUCAAUCGUUCCGCCGACUGCACUGAGCGACCCCAAAGGCGAUGGCCAACUAGUGGUAUCAUCAGACUUCUGGAAUCUUGAUUGGCCAUCUGCCUGUUCAUGUCCCUUGCUUAUCUUCAUCAACUCCAAAAGCGGAGAUCAUCAAGGGAUCAUCUUCCUCCGAAAAUUCAAGCAAUAUCUUAAUCCAUCUCAAGUGUUUGACUUGUCAAAGGGUGGACCUGAAGCAGGCCUGUCUAUGUUCAAGAACUUUGCUCGUUUCCGUGUUCUGGUUUGUGGUGGAGAUGGCAGUGUGAGCUGGGUCUUAUCUGUGAUUGAUGCCUUUGGAUUACAUGAAAGAUGUCAACUGGCAGUCAUCCCACUUGGAACUGGCAAUGAUCUUGCUCGUGUCCUUGGCUGGGGUGCAUUCUGGAACAAAAGCAAGUCACCAUUAGACAUUCUCAACAGAGUAGAGCAGGCUCAUGUGAGAAUUUUAGACAGAUGGAGCGUGAUGAUCCGUGAGACUCCCAGACAAUUCCCAUUGCUAAAAGGACAAGCUGAAAUGGAUAUACGGAGAUUUGAGGCUGCUGCCAUCCAGCACUUGGAGUCUGCAACCACUGAGUUGAACAAAAUCCUGAAGGCCAAGUACCCCACGGAGAUGAUCAUAGCCAUUAGGACAGGAGAGUACAGAAGGUUUCCAGACAAAGAGAAUCUUAAAGCGCCAGGAAUACUACAGGAUAGAUCCAAUGAUGAUGAUCAGGAGUAGCCUACCCUGGAGAAGGCACCUAAAAUGACUGUGGCGGACCACCAGGAAGAAGUGGUCAUGGACCCCGAGGAUAUUAAGACAUUGAAAUAAAGGUUCAUGAACAAGGACCCUCAUAUCAGGUGUACCCUAGUGGACAUCAUCAUAAAAAAGCUGACCUAGAAGCAGACAGAGGUAGAGACGAUGUCCAGCUUCCCUGUGCCCCAGCUGGAUCCUGGAGGGGUCCAGAAGGUGUUAUUUAAGUACUGCAGCAGGAAACUUCCCAAGGCUUUUAAGAUCAUCUCUGUACUCUCCAACUGGGAGCAAAUCCUCUAUGUCACAGAGUCUGAGGCCUGAACUGUAGCUGCUAUGUAUCAAGCCACCAGGAUUUUCGCCUCUAACCUGCAAGACUACAUCGCGCAGAACUUUUAUAACCUUUUCCUGCUCCCUGGGCAUGAGAUGACAUUGCUGAAAUAAAAUAUAACAAAAUAUAAACAACUCAACUUUCACCUCUAUAUGGCACUCAAGAAGGCCCUGUUCAACCCUAGAGUCUGGUUCAAAGGAAUCCUGAUCCCACUGUGGGAGUCCAGCACGUGUACCCUCAUAGAAGCCAUGAUCAUGUGUAGUAUCAUCACCCAGUAUUCCAUCCCUGUGUUACACUCCAGUGUGGCCAUGCUGAAGAUUGCAGAGAUAGAAUACAGCAGUGCCAACAGCAUCUCCCUGCACCUGCUGCUGGAUAAGAAGUCUGCACUGCUCUACCAGGUGCUGGACACACUGGUCUUCCACAGCCUGAGCUUCUGGAUGGAGAAGAAGCAGCUGCCAGUGCUUUGUCAUCAGUGCCUCCUGACGUUGACAUAUCACUACAAGGCUGACUUAUCCAAAAAUCAAAAGGCCCUGUUUGAACUGUUUCAGCUGCAGCCCCACCCACAGCUGUCCCCUGAAAUUAGUUAUGAGCUUCAAAACAUGGCCCCUGGAGAUAUGGAAGAUGUUCCCCAUCACCAUGGAAUUAGAGAAGUCACCUGUUUUGGUCCAAAAGCUAUGGGAGGAUACCAAAAUACGUAA